AUGGGCGGGCACGGCGGGCUGAACAUCCUGCCGCAGAAGCGGUGGAACGUCUACAGGUUCGACAACCAGGAGAAGGUCCGCGUCGACGAGGCCGAGGCCGCCCGCCAGGACCAGCUCCAGCGCGAGGCCACCCGCCGCCGCGAGUCGCACGCCCGCCUCGUCGCGCUCCGCCGCAACCGGGGCCUCCAGUCCGACUCGCCCUCCCCUCCCCGUGCCCCAUCUCCACCCCCCUCCUCCGCCCGCUCCGCGGAUCAGGUCGCCCCGCUGCGGCCUCCACCCCCUGCUGCCCGGCCCGCGGUUCCAUCCCCCGUCGUCUCCGACGGAGACCACAUCAACCUCUUCUCGGGCGGCGGUGGGGCCGCUGACUUCGCCGCGCUUGCCUCCGCUAGCGGCGGGAGAGGCGCAGCUCGGGAGAGGGAGCCUGCGGCAGACACUAAGCCAAACCCUAAGAAGCGUAAGAAGGAGGAGGAGGUUAGGACGGCGGGGCCUGACGACGAAAAGUACAAGCUGGGUUAUGGCCUUGCCGGGAAGGGCGUGGCGGCGCCCUGGUACAUGUCGAAGCCUUUGGCUUCCUCCUCUAAGGAGAGGAGAGAUUACGCCGAGGGCAACGGAGAGAAGAGGAGUGGAGGGAAGAAGAGUAUCGAGGAGCUUAGAGAGGAGAGGAGGAAGAGGGAGGCCAAGGAGAAGGAGCGUGAGCGAGCCUUGCUUGCCACUACAGCAAGGAAGGAGAGGCAGCCAGACCGGGGGUACUCGUCGAGGUAUGUGCGACGAUGAUGCAAGGGUUUCUGUGAUUUUAUCUGCAGGAUCUGCAAUGGAUGAUUACUGGAGAAAACCGAAGAUGAGCAUCACUAACUUGCAUGCAAAUGUUUUGAAAGAUCAAUGCGGAGACAAAAAGACAUGUAGCUCAAGUGCCAUUGGAUGAACUUUCAAGCAGUUCAAGAAUAUCUCAAUAUAAAGAUUCAUUAGCGAACUGUAUUUGUGUAGCGUGCCGAUCCAGCAAUCACGCCCUCUGUUGUAAAUUUUAUCAACUCUUACCUGGUGUACACAAUUGUUUGGGUUACGGUCUGCACUUUGUAAAGAAAAUGCUCCAAUGUGUUGCACUA